GGCAAGAUGGCGGUCGGCCCUCGGCCGCUUCCCCGGGUCUGCUCGAGGGUUUUGGGCUGAGGCGGCUGCAGCCGCAUCCCUGACUCCGAGCACUGGGGCCUCGAGCGGAUAAAGGUCUACGGCCUGUGGGUAGCGAGUAGGAAUAGGGUCUUCUGUUCUCCGGGUGGUGGGGCCGGGGACUUCGAGGGAGGUGGCUCUGGGGCCGAGUCCCUGCCUGGCCAGGUUCAGAGAGGCAGGUGCUGUGGGCUGGUUUUCGUGCUCCAGGAAGUCUCUCUGUCGCCCUUUCCACCUCUUCUCUCCUUUGGGACUAUAGGCCUUUAUAAAAACACUAAUGCUGGGCGCAAAGGAUUUGUUACUGUGGUUGUCGAUGCCGAGGAAAGACUCCAAGCCUCAGGAGUUAGUCAAACUGGAAUUCGAAUCCUUUCUUUCGCUGUGUGACAUUCGAAAAAAGAAGCCCCUCUAAAGUGAGAAGCUGUCCUCAGCUGUGAGUUCUGUACAAGAUCACUAAUGGUUACCGGACAUUUGUGCAACACAGGCAGCUCCUCAGGGUUUGUGCAAGUUUGCAAACAUGUUCACCGUAUCUCAGACUUCGAGAGCUUGGUUCAUUGACAGAGCCCGUCAGGCCCGAGAAGAAAGGCUUGUGCAGAGAGAGCGGGAGCGGGCAGCCGUUGAGAUUCAGGCUCACAUCCGGAGUUUUCUCUGUCGGACUCGACUGCGGAGAGACAUCAGGAGAGAGAUUGAUGAGUUUUUAAAAACAGAGGAUUCUGGGUCGAGUAAAAGAAGUGCACUUUCUAUUUUUAAGAUUGCCAGGAAACUGCUGUUUUUAUUCAAACUCAAAGAGGAUAAUGAGAGAUUUGAAAAGUUGUGCCGCAGCAUCCUGAGCAGCAUGGAUGCUGAGAACGAACCCAAGGUGUGGUAUGUGUCCCUGGCUCUUUCUAAGGAUCUUACCCUUCUGUGGAUUAAACAGAUCAAGGACAUUCUGUGGUAUUGCUGUGAGUUUCUUGAGCAACUCAAGCCUGAAAUCUUACAAGACUCUCGACUCAUCACACUGUAUCUCACAAUGCUUGUCACCUUCACAGACACUUCAACAUGGAAAAUUCUACGGGGAAAAGGUGAGAGUCUUCGACCAGCCUUGAACCACAUUUGUGCAAACAUAAUGGGACAUCUUAACCAGCAUGGAUUUUAUCCUGUGAUGCAGGUAUUGUUAACCCAUGGCCUGGCGAGACCCCGGCCUUGCCUGUCCAAAGGCACUCUGACAGCAGCCUUUUCUCUGGCAUUGCGCCCUGUGAUUGCUGCACAAUUUUCAGACAAUCUGAUUCGGCCCUUCCUAAUCCAUGUCAUGUCUGUUCCUGCUCUUGUGACUCACCUCAGCACAGUGACCCCUGAGCGCCUCACUGUUUUAGAAUCUCAUGAUAUCCUUCGUAAAUUCAUCAUAUUUUUAAGAGAUGAAGACCAGUGCCGUGACGUAUGUGAAAGUUUAGAAGGAUGCCAUACACUUUGUCUAAUGGGUAACCUCUUACACCUGGGCUCCCUCAGCCCCAGAGUGUUAGAGGAGGAGACGGAUGGGUUUGUGAGUUUACUCACCCAGAUGCUUUGUUACUGUCAAAAGUAUGUGUCCCAGAAGAAAUCCAACCUGACUCACUGGCACCCUGUCCUGGGCUGGUUCUCCCAAUCUGUGGAUUAUGGCCUUAAUGAGUCGAUGCACUUGAUCACCAAACAGCUGCAGUUCCUGUGGGGGGUGCCCCUGAUCCGGAUCUUCUUCAGUGACAUCCUGAGCAAGAAGCUCCUAGAGAACCAGGAACUGGCCCAUGUUCAGCCAGCGUCCCCACAGAAUGUGCUUCCAGUGAAGAGUCUCCUAAAGCGUGCGUUUCAAAAGUCUACAUCAGUCCGCAAUAUUCUCAGGCCUGUCGGGGGUAAGCGCGUUGACUCUGCAGAAGUCCAGAAGGUUUGCAACAUCUGUGUCCUCUACCAGACCUCGCUGACAACUCUCACCCAGAUCCGGUUACAGAUACUCACAGGUCUCACUUACCUUGAUGACCUGCUGCCCAAAUUGUGGGCCUUCAUCUGUGAGCUGGGGCCCCAAGGAGGGUUAAAGCUCUUCCUGGAAUGCCUGAACAAUGACACCAAGGAGUCCAAGCAGCUCUUGGCCAUGCUGAUGCUGUUCUGUGACUGUUCCCGGCACCUGAUCACGAUCCUUGAUGACAUUGAAGUUUAUGAAGAACAAAUUUCAUUCAAACUGGAAGAGCUGGUCACCAUCUCCUCUUUUUUGAACUCCUUUGUGUUUAAGAUGAUCUGGGAUGGAAUUGUAGAGACCGCCAAGGGCGAGACCCUGGAGCUAUUCCAGUCUGUCCAUGGGUGGCUGAUGGUGCUCUAUGAGCGGGACUGUCGACGACGCUUCGCCCCUGAGGACCACUGGCUGCGAAAGGAUCUCAAACCUAGUGUGCUCUUCCAAGAACUUGACAAGGACAGAAAACGGGCACAGUUGAUCCUGCAGUAUAUCCCUCAUGUCAUUCCUCACAAAAAUAGAGUUCUCCUAUUCCGAAACAUGGUUACCAGGGAGAAAGAAAAACUGGGGCUUGUGGAAACCAGCUCUGCCUCUCCUCAUGUCACUCACAUCACUAUCCGCCGGUCCCGGAUGUUGGAGGACGGCUAUGAGCAGCUCCGGCAGCUCUCCCAGCACACCAUGAAGGGCGUGAUCCGAGUGAAGUUUGUCAAUGACCUCGGGGUGGACGAGGCAGGGAUUGAUCAAGACGGUGUUUUCAAGGAGUUCUUGGAAGAGAUCAUCAAGCGGGUGUUUGACCCAGCACUCAAUCUGUUCACGACAACCAGUGGGGAUGAGAGGCUGUACCCCUCACCCACGUCUUACAUUCAUGAGAACUACCUGCAGCUCUUCGAGUUUGUAGGGAAGAUGCUGGGGAAAGCUGUGUAUGAGGGAAUUGUAGUAGAUGUGCCCUUCGCAUCCUUCUUCCUAAGCCAGCUGCUUGGGCACCACCAUAGCAUCUUCUAUAGCUCUGUGGAUGAACUUCCUUCUCUGGACUCAGAAUUCUACAAAAACCUCACUUCCAUUAAGCGCUAUGACGGGGACAUCGCUGACUUGGGCCUAACUCUGUCUUAUGAUGAGGACGUCAUGGGCCAGCUUGUUUGCCAUGAACUGGUUCCUGGAGGGAAGACCAUUCCUGUUACAAAUGAAAAUAAAAUUAGCUACAUCCAUCUGAUGGCACAUUUUCGCAUGCACACUCAAAUCAAAAACCAGACAGCUGCCCUCAUUAGCGGAUUCCGUUCCAUUAUCAAACCCGAGUGGAUCCGAAUGUUCUCAACUCCUGAGCUGCAGCGUCUCAUCUCCGGUGACAAUGCUGAGAUUGAUCUGGAAGAUUUAAAGAAGCACACGGUAUACUAUGGUGGUUUUCAUGGAAGUCACAGAGUCAUUAUCUGGCUCUGGGAUAUUCUGGCCUCCGACUUCACACCUGAAGAAAGAGCCAUGUUUCUGAAGUUUGUGACCAGCUGCUCCAGGCCUCCACUGCUGGGAUUCGCCUACCUCAAGCCACCCUUCUCCAUCCGCUGUGUUGAAGUAUCAGAUGAUCAGGACACUGGGGACACCCUGGGCAGCGUCCUCCGGGGCUUCUUUACCAUCCGCAAGCGGGAACCAGGCGGCCGUCUACCCACCUCCUCCACCUGUUUCAACCUGCUCAAGCUGCCCAACUAUAGCAAGAAAAGCGUCCUCCGGGAGAAGUUGCGCUACGCCAUCAGCAUGAACACAGGCUUUGAGCUCUCCUAGCCCCCAGCCUCAGCCCCAGCCCUAAUGGGCCCCUGGGCUGCCAGGGAUCUUCAGCUCCUAGAAGCAGUGUGCCCUGAGAACACGACCAACUUGCCAGGUGACAUUGGCCUCCAGACUCUCUCUAUAGCCAUGAGCCUCCCUGUGGCCUCAAGAACUUUAGACAACACAACACUAGACAAAAUGACAUCACACUCUCCAGGUGAUACUCAUGGGAAGGGGAUGUGGAAAAUAAACCUCCAGAUUCCGCCCACAGUGGUCCUUUCUUCCUGGUGAUUAUAGAGAGGCUUCUUUGUGAUAGUUUGGUCUUUUACUGAGAGUUUUUCCUUCCUUAACCCUCUGAGUAAACUGCACCUGAACAAGUUCCAGGAACUCCAAAGAGUCCAGAGUGGUUUUCAUCAUGGGGGUCUAAGCUCACAAAGCCCACUAUGCUUGAGAUCCUCUCCUUCCAUUUCUUUUUUUUUGUUUGUUUUGUUUUGUUUUUUUAUUUUUUUUGGCCAGGGCUGGGUUUGAACCCACCACCUCCGGCAUAUGGGACCAGUGCCCUACUCCUUGAGCCACAGGCGCCGCCCUCUCUCCUUCCAUUUCUGAAAACUCUUUACUCAGGUAAGGUGCACCAAGCCUCUGUGCACCCAAAAGUCUCUGCUUCCACACCGUCCAUAGCAGCCUCUUCCCACACAGCCAGUCUCCCCUGCUGCCCAGGGAAGCCUAGGAGCCUGCUGGGAGGCCAUGGAACACAGGAUGUUCAGGGCACUGUUCCCGCCCUGAAGCCACAUGUUAGACACUUCAGCUCUCCCCCGUCAACCCCUUCCUGUGUCUUCAGCAGACCAAGCUGCCAAGGAGCUGCCACUAGCCUGUUCCUAUCUUAUGCAUUCAGAUUGGCAUCCUGAUUUGGGAGAAAAAUACAUUGGCCCUUAAAAUCAGCUCAAUCCCUAGAACACGCUGGCAGUUACCCAAAUCCUGUUGGCCCCAGAGGGGCCUGUAGUCCCUGCUGGUUUGCUGUGCUUUUUGUCUAAUGAAAACACAAACAGUAACCUAAGGUACCUAUCCCAUUGGGGCAAUGGCUUUACCCCAAAGAUCACAAAAUCCCAAGGAAUCUGGGUCUUGCUGCCUGUCCUUCCUCAGCAUAGGGCAUCUGGAGCCCUUUGCACUGAUUGGCUCAUGAGGCUGAGGAGACUCAUACCCUGUGGGCUGGUUUCUUUUUUGGGGGGACAGUUUCACUUUGUUCCCCUCAGUAGAGUGCCGUGGUGUCAUACCUCACAGCAACCUCAAACUCUUGGGCUCAAGCAAUUCUCUUGCCUCAGCUUCCCAAGUAGCUGGGUUUACAGGCACCUAACACAACGCUCAGCUAUUUUUAGAGAUGGGGUCUAGCUUUGGCUCAGGCUGGUCUUGAACUUAUGAGCUCAGGCAAUCCACUUGCCUCAGCCUCCCAGAGUGCUAGGAUUAUAGGGAUGAGCCACCUCGCCCUGUCCUUUUGGUUUUUUUUUUUUUUUUUGUAGAUACAGAGUCUCACUGUACCGCCCUUGGGUAGGGUGCCAUGAGGUCACACGGCUCACAGCAACCUCUAAAUCUUGGGCUUACGCGAUUCUCUUAUCUCAGCCUCCCAAGCAGCUGGGACUACAGACGCCUGCCACAACGCCCGGCUAUUUUUUGUUGCAGUUUGGCCGGGGCUGGGUUUGAACCCGCCACCCUCAGCAUAUGGGGCCGGCGCCCUACUCACUGAGCCACAGGUGCCACCCUUGGUUUUUUUUUAAACUUCAUUUUUCUUCCAACCCAUUGUGCUCCUCUGCCCUGUUCUUCACCUCUGUCAUGAGAACUCUUCUCUAGAUCUAGGUAAUUUAAGGCAGAGGCCAUGUGUAUGAUCUGCGUUGAUAGCCACCCAGACUCCUACCAUGUUCCUCCUGCAUCCCUGCCACCAAGAUCAAAGCCAGGAGUACCUGUCCCUCCUCUGCUCUGUGCUGCCAGCUUCACUCUCUUCAAAGCAGCAGAACACCCAGCAAGAACCUUCCUGCUGGCUCCAUAGCCCACACCAGAGAGUUUCAGCUAGAUCCUGGUGUCCCACUCAGGUUAGAGUCCCUGGGCUUCUAAAGAGCAGAAUAUGUGUGCUUACUAUGAUGGAACGAUAACAAGGAAUUUAAAGAUGAAUUUAUUAUUAUUAUUAUUUAAGAUUUGUUAGUAACCUCUGAUUCUGUGGACUUGCCACUUCCUUACUUGAUUCUUUUGAAAAUUUCUUCUGAAUGUGCAUGCUGGGCAGGUUCAUACAGAUAAGCUGGGGCUGAAAAACUGUCAGUCUGCACAAAGAUGAUCAAUCCCACCUUAAUUUGUAUUACCCAAGGAUUGGAGCCAGUGGGAGUGGGGAAAGAGUGGUUUAUAAGCACCAAUGUCAACUUGACCUGUUUUUAGAUAAGGAGCAGUAGUUUAUAAUUUCAUCUAAAUUCUUCCUUUCAACAGUUGGCAUUAUUGCACUAUCUGAAACAUCGAAUCUGUACUUUUAUAACUGGUGUUCACUGACACCUUGAUGGCUCUUGAUGACUCUAAAAAGCUGUGGGUUUUUUGUUUUUGUAGGCAACUUACGGAUUAAGACGUGAUCAAAGGCUUUAUUAAAUUUGUACUUAAGCACUUGA